AUGGAUAAGAGCAAUCUUAUUGGAGUCGUAUUUUUGGAUCUAAGCAAAGCUUUUGACUUAGUUAACCACAAGUUAUUACUGUCCAAGCUGGGGAAAUAUCACACAAGUGACGGUGCACUCAAAUGGUUUGAGUCAUACCUAACAAACCGCAUUCAAAUAUGCUCCUUUUCUGGCUGUUUAUCAACACCACUAAAUAUCGAUGUCGGUGUCCCGCAGGGUUCAAUUCUGGGGCCUCUACUGUUUACCGUGUAUGUGAAUGAUCUACCAUUGUCACUUGAGAAAGCUGAGACGGACAUGUACGCGGACGACACUACCAACUGGGAAAGUGCAACAAAUUGUGUAGAAAUUUAA